AUGGCAUUUUUAUGGAAGAGACCAAGAGUUAGCCGUUUGGCUGGCAAGAAGUUUCUUCACAAGCAAAAUUCCAAGAUUGAACUUACCAUUCCGACGCAUUUCCGGUGCCCGAUAUCUCUUGAUCUGAUGAAAGAUCCGGUGACGCUGUCGACCGGGAUUACAUACGAUCGAGAGAGCAUAGAGAAGUGGAUGCAAGACGGUAAUCAGACAUGUCCAGUCACGAAUCAAGUCCUCACGAGUUUCGAUCAGAUCCCGAAUCACACGAUCCGGAGAAUGAUUCAAGAUUGGUGUGUUGCAAAUCGUGCUCACGGGAUUGAAAGAAUACCGACUCCUCGAACCCCCAUAACCUCUUCGGAUAUCGUGGAAGUUUGUUCCAAAAUGAUGGAUUCGUCUUCAAAUGGCGACGAGAAAAGGUGCCUUGAUUUGGUAGAGAAGAUAAACGCUUGGGCUAAAGAAAGUGAACAUAACAAGAGCCUCAUCAUAGAUAACGGACUCGGCUACGUGUUAGCUUCUUCAUUCGAGUCGUUUUCAAGCCUUUCUUUUGAAAAACAUCAAGUUCUUCUAAGAGAUAUUAUGUUUUUAUUAACAUGGAUGUUUCCUUUAGGGAUUGAAGGAAGAUCUAAGCUAGGGUCAGCUUCAUCUUUACGGUGCAUGAUAUGGUUUUUAUCAAAAGAGGAUUUAUUACUCAAAAAAAGUUGUAUUCUAACCCUAAAAGAACUUCUUUCCUCCGAUCAAAGCCAUGUAAACACCCUAAUCGCCAUUGAUGGCCUUUCAGAAGCUUUGAUCAACCUUAUAAACCUUCAAGAUUGCCCUUCUGCUACAAAAUCCUCUUUAACAGUCAUAUAUCACAUAAUUUCAACACCUGCUGGCUUCAACAAAGUCUCAUCAAGAUUCGUGGAGUUGGGUGUGAUCGAAUCAAGCUUGGAAGCUCUCGUGGGAGCCGAUAAAGGGUUAAGCGAGAUGGCUUUAGGGGUUUUAGAACGUAUUUCGGACACGAAAGAAGGGAGAGAAAGAAUGCAGACAAAUGCAUUAACUGUGCCAUUGUUAGUAAAGAAGAUAUUGAGAGUAUCUUGUUUGGCUAGUGAUUUCUGUGUUUCAUUGUUAUGGAAGCUUAGCAACAAUGGCGAUGGAAGUGAGUUGGUGGAAGCACUUCAUGUUGGUGCUUUGCAGAAGCUGUUGCUGCUGUUGCAGGUCAACUGUGGUGAAGAGACGAAGGUGAAGGCUACUGAGAUGUUGAAGUUGAUGAAUCAAAUCAAGAAUAAGUUGGAUUGUUUUGAUUCUGGACAUUACAAGUAUCUCAGAAAGUCUUAUUGAUUCUUGCUAGUUUUUGUAUCUAAUUUGUGUUGAUAAUCUAAUUAGGGUUUUGAGAGAAAAUGUGUACAGAUUUGAAACACAUGAGAUAUCAAAUUUUGUUAAAGUGU